GUAAACGGACUUGCAAAUCGAGAUAGGAGGAGUUAGUUCACAACAUCGAACAAAAGUUGUGUUGUGUUCCUGUUGAGUUAAGGAAGCACCUCGUGUAGACUUCAACAAACACACCAUUCGUAUUCACAAUCCACCUCAUCGUACUCUGUCUGUCGCCAACACCGUCAUGUCUGACGCUUACUGGAGAUACGCCGAAUCUCAGCAGCACGCUCCCCCUACCAUCCCCGGCAAACGUCCUCGUACCGAAUACGAUGUCUCGGGCGUUCAUAACUUGGCAAAUUACUUUCCCCAUGACGAUGAUAGAGGAAGGCUCCAAGUAAUUAGAGAUACCGAAUCACUCGAUGCAUCCUAUGAGCGUUACCUCCGUAAUGCGAUUUCAUCUCAUGGUUCGGGACAGUCUACUAGAACCAUUGAUGGGGGAGUUCCCAGUCAUUCUAUUGAUGAUUCUCAUGUCACAAGUAUGGGGGGAGUUGACCGAAGAACAAAUGUAAAAGACCAAAUCCUGGAAUUAAGUGGUGGAAGGCCUGACCAUUCACUUCCACCUGGUGCUACCAAUACACUAUUUGUGGAGGGUUUACCUUCCAACUGUACAAGACGUGAAGUAGCCCAUAUUUUUCGUCCUUUUGUUGGCUACAAAGAAGUUAGACUUGUCAGCAAGGAAUCAAGACAGCCUGGGGGUGAUCCACUGUUACUUUGUUUUGUUGAUUUUGUAAGUCCGGCUCAUGCAGCAACUGCCAUGGAUGCAUUGCAUGGUUACAAAUUUGAUGAGCUUGACCGCAACUCGGUCAAUUUACGGUUCCAAUUCGCUCGCAACCCUGGGAGGUCAGGUGGCGGGCAUCGUGGCAAGCGUUGAAUUAUGCAUUCUACAGGAAUCGCGCGUAUUGGGGAGGUUGUGUUUGUGAGAGGCAAGUGACCAGCCUUGCAGUAGAGAAUUACAAUUGCUUUCGUUAGGAACAAGUUGAACCUUUUGAAAUUCGUUUGCUAGGCGCGCUCGCUAGAGAUUCAGACUGCGCAUUUGUUCUAGAAGAUUGUCUAAUUUUAUUUGAUAUAAAUUUCUCUGAAUUGUUUUGUUCGGUACAAGUUUGUUUCUUGAAGGUGUUUUACUGCUCUUGCGAAUAUCUGGGAGUAAGACACAUGCUUUUUCCAUACAUGUUUGCAGUGAGCAUUUUAGAUAUGUAAUAUUGUUUAUGUUUUCCUAAGUUGUUAGAUGACUAUUAAUUGUGGCUAAUCAUACAAGUAAUGUUUCAAUAAUAGUACUUGGUUUGUCCCAAAACCAACUUACCAAAAAAA